AUCAUCGCCAUAUAAAUUCCACACGUGUCCGCUGCAUCUCCGUCUCUCUAUUCUCUCUCCGAUCUCUCUCUACCCACCAUUCUCAUUUCCGGUUGAAUAAGAAAACCAAACUAAAAUUCCUCAAUCCAUCAUCAGAGAGAUGGCUUUUUUGACACAGGCCACAGCUUCAACCGAUAGAUACCCGAAAUAGGUGCCUAGAACUGCGAGCCUUUUAGUGCAGGUUUGGAUUGAUUAUUUUCGGAUUGUGUGAGAAUUUGUGAGUUUGAUAUUGAUCUGUCUUUGCUGGAUCCGAAUGACUGCCGGUGGUGGUAAUCAGUUGAUUUCUGUUCAUCCUGAUGAGCUUAAGUUUAUCUUUGAGCUGGAGAAACAAAGCUAUUGUGAUCUUAAAGUUGUGAACAAUACAGAACAGCAUGUUGCGUUUAAGGUCAAAACCACUUCGCCCAAGAAGUACUUUGUAAGGCCUAACACUGGUGUCAUACAACCUUGGGACUCAUGUGUCAUCAGAGUUACUCUACAAGCCCAACGUGAAUAUCCUGCAGAUAUGCAAUGCAAAGAUAAGUUUCUCUUGCAGAGUACAACCAUACUUCCACAUACUGAUGUUGAUGAGCUUCCGCCAGAUACUUUUAAUAAGGACAGUAGUGGAAAGACAUUAGAGGAGUGCAAGCUUAGAGUUGUAUAUGUCAAUCCAUCAACUCAAGAAAACUCAGAAGAAGAGGCAUCAAAGAGCUCCUCACAGAGUCCUGAUGCUAACUCAUUUCAUUCAAGCAUAUGUUGCAUUUUCUUGCUUAGUUACGUGCUUGAUCUGGGAUUAAGAGAAAGGAGUUUUCAUCACCAAGCAUUACAGCUCCUAAAGGAUGAAAGGGAUGCAGCUGUUCGACAAACUCAUCAACUGCAAAAGGAACUGUCUAUGAUGAAGAGACGGGGAUAUCGGAAAAGUGCUCCGGGCUUUUCCCUGACUUUCGCAUUUGUUGUGGGGCUUAUUGGAAUUUUGGUUGGCUUCAUCUUGAACCUUACAUUGCCUUCAUCGUCUACAGAAUGACUCAAGCCAUAGGAUCUCAGGCGAUAAACUUUCUUGUCUGAUUUAUUGUACAAGUCAUGUUUGGAUGAAAAGGGCUUCUACUCUCUCCUUCCUUCUGUACAUUGAUUGCUGCAGCUGUUGGUUUGCCAGAUAUAGUUUCGUUUCAUUUAUAUCUUGCUGUUAGCAGCAAAUUUAUUUCAUUUGAUUUAUAGGUUACCAUUAGUGUGAAUCAGUUAGUGGGUUUUUUCUUUUCUUUUUUUUUUUUUUUUGCAAUUUCUGAAAUGCAAUUUUGCUGUUUCUGCAAAAUUAUGUCAUUUGAGUUGAGUUUUCAACUUGAAAACUUCCGAUAUUUGAAUCUUCUUUUCUUAUGGAAAAUAUCAUAAAUGUUAAGCAGCAUUGCCCAGCAAUCAAGCAUACGUGCUGCUAAGUUUUGGCUGAAGAAUAUUCAUGCGAUUUACUACUUGGCUGAUUGAACUUCA